AAUUUGAGCUAAAGCCCUACAGAUCGUGAGGAUGGGCUGCUUUGUUCCCGAUGUCCUGAUUUGUUCUAUAUCAUCGUCUCUAGUACCGUCGCUGACUUCACGGCGCUCAUAUUUUCUUCUGAUAAUUUCUCCAUCUUGUCUUCGGUUACAAGGAAAAUUUUUGGAAACUUCGCUGCAAAAUAAUCGCCGUUUUACCUUCAAUCGCGGGAGGGAUUUUCGGUUGCGAAGUCCAUUCGCGUUUUCCACCAGCCUGCGAGGACAGAGUGAAAGAAGAUCUAUGCUCAAAACCCUCCCGAGAUCCGAUUCGGAGAUGACUUAAAUUGUUGAAGAUUUCCUCGACCUCGUCCUCAAUUGAUCUGGAGAAAACGGGGCCGACGAGAAGAAGAAGAAGAUGCAGAGGCGAGGGUCCAACCACCGCCUGCCAUCGCUUCUGUUCCGCUCUCGAAUUUCCUACGUGAUGCUUGCAAUGUUCGCAACUAUGUCCGCCGUCUAUGUAGCAGGCCGGUUGUGGCAGGAUGCGCAAAACAGGGUUUAUCUCAUUAAGGAACUUGAUCGGAGAACGGGGAAGGGGCACCCGGCUAUAUCAGUGGAUGAUACACUGAAGGUGGUAGCUUGCAGAAACCAGCAUAAGAGAUUAGCAGCUCUUGAGAUGGAACUGGCUGCAGCAAGGCAAGAAGGUUUUAUUGGAAGGUAUACUCCAGAGACUAAGGGAAAUCACACCAGGAAAAGGCUGAUGGCUGUUAUUGGGAUUACUACAGGAUUCGGCCAGAAAAAUAACAGAGAUGCUAUUCGGAAGACAUGGCUUCCAACUGGCGUAGCUUUGACAAAACUGCAAGAAGAUAAAGGAAUUGUAGUUCGAUUUGUAGUAGGAAGAAGUGCCAAUCGAGGAGAUAGCAUGGACAGGGAUAUUGAUGAGGAGAACAAGAACACAAAGGACUUCCUUAUCCUGGAUGAUCAUGUGGAAGCUUCUGAAGAACUCCCCAAAAAAACGAAAUUGUUUUUUGUUCAUGCUGCAGACAAGUGGGAUGCUGAGUUCUAUGCUAAGGUUAAUGACAAUAUUUAUGUUAAUAUUGAUGGAUUUGGAGCUAUGCUUGCAUCUUAUAUGGACAAGCCUCGUGUCUAUAUUGGAUGUAUGAAGUCUGGUGAAGUUUUCUCUGAGUUGAGCCACAAAUGGUAUGAACCAGAAUGGUGGAAAUUUGGUGAUGGCAAAUCGUAUUUUCGCCAUGCUUCUGGUGAGAUUUUUGUCAUAUCUAGAGCUUUGGCCCAAUUUAUAUCUAUAAACAGAUCCAUUCUUCGAACAUACGCUCAUGAUGAUGUAAGUGCUGGAUCAUGGUUUAUUGGGAUUGAUGUCAAGCAUAUUAAUGAAGGAAAACUCUGCUGUUCCUCAUGGUCCUCAGGUUUUCCCUUCUUCACUAGAUCUGUAUGUGCAACUGUGUGAAUGAGUUUUGAUUAACUAUAGAUGUCACUGCACUAACAAUGGCAGAGUAGUCUCUCUUGUCUUCUACUGUACAAUAUUCAUUCUCCCAAGUUUUUUUAUUAUUUCAUCUGUCUCAAAAUGUCUCUAUUUUGCUUGGCCAUCUUUGCCACACCAUUCUUCCUUGUCAAACAAAUAGUUGAGAAUUAUAAUAGAAAAUUCUUUGAUGUUUA